GGAGGAGAGGCGGGCGAGCAUGCGCGGUAGCUGCGCUGGCGUUGCUUGUCGGCAGCGUCGUAGCGAGCCGAGGGCUAUGGAGGAGAGGGACCUCGGUGUGGGCCGCUAAACCGCUGCCUCUUUGGCUAAACUGCCUGAUUCCUGGGUUCAGGCCCACUGCCGAAAGUCACCAUGUCAGGAGCUGGAAGCAAGCGGGCUGCUGGAGAUGGAGGAGCAGGGCCUCCUGAGAAAAAAUCCAACCGGGAGGAGAAGACCACCACUACGCUCAUUGAGCCUAUCCGCCUUGGAGGCAUCUCUUCCACGGAGGAGAUGGACCUCAAGGUGCUUCAGUUCAAGAAUAAGAAGAUAGCAGAGCGGCUGGAGCAGCGGCAAGUGUUUGAGGAUGAGCUGCGUGAACGCAUAGAGAAGCUGGAGAAGAGGCAGGCCACUGAUGAUGCCACUCUCUCGAUUGUUAACCGCUACUGGAAGCAGCUAGAUGAGACGGUGCAAGUGCUCCUCAGACGUUAUGAUGGAGAUUGUGGGCAGGCCCCUGAGGAGCCCAAAUUGGAAAUCCCAGGCUCAGAACUGGAAGCUGUUCACUUAGAGAGCUCUGAAAGGAGAGAGGCAGUGCUGUCCCCUGUUACGCCCCCUGUACCCUGGAAGGCUGGGGACCUUGUGCUGAGUGAGCCAUCCCUUUCCUUCUUGGCUACCUUGGCCAGCAGCAGCAAUGAAGAAAUUGAGCUUCAACUUCAGGAACGCAUGGAAUUUUCCAAAGCUGCCGUCUCCCGCAUUGUGGAGGCUUCGGAUAAGAUCCACCGGCGCACAGAAGAGCUUUGCCAGAAGAUCCAUGCACGGGUGGAGUUUGACCAAUUGGAAGAAGUUGUGAAGGCCCUCAACAAGGAGCUGACCAGAGAGAAUCGCCACCUUCAGGACCUGAUCACACAGAUGCAGGAGAAACACCAUAAAAUUUCCUUGGAGUACACAGAACUGCAGGACAAAGUGACUUCAUCAGAAACUAAAGUGCUGGAAAUGGAAACGACCAUUGAAGACCUGCAGUGGGACAUAGAGAAGCUGCGCAAACGGGAACAGAAGAUCAACAAGCACCUGACUGAAGCGUUGGAGCAGCUCAAUUCAGGUUACUACGCCUCAGGCAGUUCUGGUGGGUUCCACGGUGGCCAGAUCACACUUAGCAUGCAGAAGUUUGAGAUGCUGAAUGCAGAGCUGGAAGAGAAUCAAGAACUUGCCAACAGUCGCAUGGCAGAGCUGGAGAAACUGCAGCAGGAAAUGCAGCAGGCUGUUAGAACUAAUGAGAAGCUGAAGGUAGCACUACGGAGUCUUCCAGAAGAGGCUGUAAAGGAGACUCUGGAGUACAAAGUGUUGCAAUCCCAGUUCUCACUGCUGUACAAUGAAAGCCUGCAAGUGAAAACACAGCUGGAUGAGGCCCGGGCCCUGCUUCUCACCACCAAGAACAGCCACCUGCGCCACAUCGAGCACAUGGAGAGUGACGAGCUGAAUGUGCAGAAGAAACUGCGGACGGAGGUGAUCCAGCUGGAAGACACGCUGGCUCAGGUGCGCAAGGAAUACGAGAUGCUGCGCAUUGAAUUUGAACAGAACCUGGCAGCCAACGAGCAAGCAGGUCCCAUCAAUCGGGAGAUGCGCCACCUCAUCAGCAGCCUCCAGAAUCACAACCACCAGCUGAAGGGAGAUGUGCAGCGGUACAAGCGCAAAUUGCGGGAGGUGCAGGCCGAGAUCAACAAGGUCCGCAUGCAACAGUGUGGGUUUCCUUCUAGUUUGGCCAUUGCAGCCCCAGCCCCAGGGAACGAAGACUCCGGCCACCCUGGAGUAGCUCCUGUUAAAGAGGAGGAAGAAACGGCGACCUCCGAAGUAAAGAAAGAAUUCAAGGAGGUGCAAGUAAAGAAAGAGCCCAAGGAAGAGGUGGUGUCUCCUCAGCUGCUCGGGAGCACGGAGGGCGUGAAAAAGGAAGAAGAGGAGACCUCUGCCCCCCAGCCUCCUGCUCCCCAUCCGCCACCACCACCCCGCGCCAAAGAGUCUGAGCGGUCCAAGGGACGUGGUGGAGACCGGGGCGUUGACCGCGAGAGAUCCCGGGAUCGUGACAAAGAGGUCUCUUCCUCCUCCUCCUCCUCCUCUUCCUCUUCACGGGAUCGGGAGAAGCAGAAGGGUGGUGGAGGUAGCGAAGAUGCUAAGAAGAAAGAUUCAGAUUUGCUGAAGCAGCUGCGAACUGAGCUCAAAAAGGCUCAGGAGAGCCAGAAGGAGAUGAAGCUUCUCUUGGACAUGUACAAGUCGGCCCCCAAGGAGCAGCGGGACAAAGUGCAGCUGAUGGCAGCUGAGAAGAAGACCAAAGCUGAGGUGGAGGAGCUGCGGGUGAGGAUCCGUGAACUGGAGGAGAAAGAGAAGAAAGAGAGUAAGAAAAUGGCCGAUGAGGAUGCCUUACGCAAGAUCAAGAUGGCCGAGGAACAAAUUGAGCAUCUCCAGAAAAAACUGGCAGCGACCAAGCAGGAGGAAGAGGCUCUUCUCUCAGAGAUGGACGUGACAGGCCAAGCUUUUGAGGACAUGCAAGAGCAGAAUAUGCGGCUAAACCAGCAGCUGCGUGAGAAGGAUGAUGCCAACUUCAAGCUGAUGUCGGAGCGCAUCAAAUCCAACCAGAUUCACAAGCUCCUGCGGGAGGAGAAGGAAGAACUUGCCGAGCAGGUGCUAGCCCUCAAGUCUCAGGUGGACACCCAGCUCUUAGUCGUGCAGAAGCUGGAGGAGAAGGAACGGGUCCUGCAGGGCAAUAUGGGCACCGUGGAGAAAGAGCUCACGUUACGCAGCCAGGCCCUGGAGCUCAACAAGAGGAAGGCGGUGGAGGCAGCCCAGCUGGCAGAAGACCUGAAGGUGCAGCUGGAGCAUGUGCAGGCUAAACUGAAGGAGAUCCAGACCUUCAUGGCGGAGAACAGGGCAGCCAAGGAGAAGGAGUCUUUCAACCUCAAGAGAGCUCAGGAGGACAUAUCUCGCCUUCGGCGCAAACUGGAAAAACAGCGCAAAGUGGAGGUGUAUGCAGAUGCCGAUGAGAUCCUACAGGAGGAGAUCAAGGAGUACAAGGCCAAGCUCACCUGUCCGUGCUGCAACACGCGCAAGAAGGACGCCGUCCUCACCAAAUGCUUCCACGUCUUCUGCUUCGACUGCGUCAAGACCCGCUAUGACACCCGCCAGCGGAAAUGCCCCAAGUGCAAUGCCGCCUUUGGUGCCAAUGACUUCCACCGGAUCUACAUCAGCUGAGCGGCUGGCCCCAUUUCCCCUAACUUGCCCUCCCAUCCAUGAACUCCACGGGAUGGAGUGGGGUUGGGGGUGUCUCGUGGCUUACCUUUUGAAGACCAGCCUUAGAUCCAUCAGGACUUGUUCCAGCUUUUUUGUUGGCUCCAGUCUGGGGAUCCCUUGAUAGCCAUCUAAGGUACUCCUGAGGCCCUUUCUUCAAGUGGAUCCCUUAUCCUCAAAGUACCCCCCCCCUUUUCCUGAGGCUGCUCACAGGUUGUUUUUUUGGGGGAGAUAAUGUUGGAUCCUUUCCCCUGGAUCCUGAAGAACUUGACUCCGUUGCUCUCACUUUCCUUUUAGCCUUUCCUGAAGAGGCUCUUCAACUUUGCCUUGGGAUUCGGUGGUUUCUCUUCUAGCGUUUUGCAGAUCUAGCACAUGAUCCUCUAUCGCUGGCUGCUGGCAGCAGCCAUGCAGUUCUAAUGCCCCGUCUUGGGAAUGGCAUUCUAUUUUUUAAGAAUUUCAAGAACUGCUUGAGUGUUUGGAAAAUAAACACAGAGGUUGUCUGCUCCUACAAGAUUCCUCUCUGUUCAUCUAAA